AUGCUUGCUUUAUCAGGGAGUCAAACCAAGUGCAAAAAUGGCUUUCAAAAAAUUAAGGAGCAAGUGGAAAGUAUCAAAAUGAUUCUACGAUGUGGCAUAUGCUGUUCAACUUUGCGUGAUCCAAUUAUGACCACUUGCAAUCAUGCCUUCUGCAGGGUUUGUCUCUUUGAGUGCUUCAAAAGGCUUUCACGGAUGCGAUGUCCUAUCUGCAAUAUGACUUUGAAUAAAAGAAGUUGCGCAAGUUGUCCAUUGCUGUCAUCUUUACUUGAUAAGUAUUUGCCGCUAGCUAAAGCAUUCAAAAAGGAUAUUAUGACUACUGGUUUUGCGAAAGAAGAUGAUUUCAUGGAAAGUCAGGUCCCAAUGACACAACUAGCGUCAGCGCCGUUACAAAUUUCCCAAAAUCAAUCACGAAAGUUGUUAAGAAUGGAAUCGAAAAGUGCGAAGCGCCGUAUCGCCCAUUCAAAACACAGACCGGAAAAAAAGCAGCGGAAUGAUGAGAUACAUUAUCCCAACUUGGUAAUAGAAACUGUCGCCAAUACCUGUGCAGGAACAUCAACAGUUAAGCACACUUCUUGCAGCUCUGAAAGUACGAUCAUAGGUUACAAUGCUAGUAGGUUGUUAUUCAGACAGCUUCAGAUGAACUCUGAGGAAUUCAACAUUGGUCAAAAGGAAAGUGAAAAUGUUAGAAUUCGAAACAAUGGAAAAGAACACAGAAAUCGACUGAUUAGUAUGGAGGAUGCUACAUAUUCGCCACUGUAUGUAGAAAAAUUGGACCUUAAUGCUUCAGCAAUACAUGAUGAGAAUAUUGAGGACAGUAGUGCAAACAAGACAGAUGCUUCGGUCCAAAUGGAAAUGAUUGUUAAUUCUGUCUUUGAAGCAAGCGAAAGUCAGUCACGGAUUGAAGUUCUUAUCAAAUGUAUGCCAUGGAUACCUAAUUUUCUACAUCUAGACCGAGAAGAACUGAUCAAUGCAGUAUGUCAUUAUAAUGAAGAACUUUGUAAUGAGAACAAUCAUUCGAAAAAUGGUAGUGAUUUGGUCCUCGAGAGCGACGAAGAAAGGGAAGUAGCAGUUCCAAUAAAUACUUCCUAUACAAUUGAUUGCUGUCAUAGCGAUGCACAAGAAAAUAAAAAUCGUAAUAAUGAACAAAACACUGUCUCACUUCUAAAGGAUAAACAAUGUUAUAAAGAAUAUAAUGAAGUGUGUCAUUCAAUGAUGGUGUCUGGAGCAUCGAAACUUAGUGAUCAGUCUUUACUACGUGAAUUCCUGGAUAAUUUUUCUUCUUUCAAACUUUCCACAUCGAUGGAUCGAACGUGUACACACCUGGUUAUUUUCAAUGCCGAUGGUUUAGUUUGUGAAUUUUGGACAGUGAAAUUAAUUUACGCAUUGGUUAAUCACUGUACGAUUGUAUCAUAUUCGUGGUUAGAGAACUGCCUCAAUCAAAAAACUAUUCUGCCUACGCAUGAUUUUGAAAUUUUGCUGAAAAUAGAUGAAACUCUGAUAAGCAUAACUGCUCAACGUGCCCUUACUGAUCCCAGUACUUUAUUCGAUGGAUAUAAAUUUUAUGUCCCUCAAACUUUCUUUAAUACGCAACUGAUAGCAAGAGAUGUUUUUUUGGAAAUUGUCGAAUUGAGCGGUGGGGAAAUUGUGUCACAUGUUUGGGAGCUCCCCUCUGAACGCAGUUACAUCAUAUUUGCACCAGAUUGCUUUAAUCAAGAUGCUGCUCGAAGAUUUGAAUUGGAUAUGAAAAAGGAAGUGUUAAAAGCGGAUUGGAUUUUUGCAUCGAUUGGUCAGCAUCGCAUUCUAGACAGAGAGCCUUAUCGCCUUAUUCAUUCCAUAAGCUGA